AUGUCUUUACAUCAUCAUGGUAGAUAUCUGACAUCAAUACAAAUACAUUGUAAGGAAGUAAUACGGUUAGGUUAUAUUACCGACGGAGGAUGGAACGUAUGUCAUGACAAAAAAUACAGGCCAUCCUACCCUUGUUUGGUAUAUUCAUUUGGCAUAUACUGGGAUUUUAGUUUUGAUGAUGCCGUGGCAGAAACGUAUGACUGUGAAACUCACUCUUUUGAUCCAAGUAUGAACACUACAGAUUUUAAACGGGGAAAUUUCAUAUGGUUUCACAACCUUGGCUUGUCUGAUCAUUCAGGAAUAUAUGAAAAAAAUAAAUGGAAUAUACUGACUCUUAAAGAUAUCCUUACAGAACUGAAUCAUACCUCGAAAACUUUGGAUAUUUUAAAAAUGGAUAUAGAGUCUAUGGAAUGGCAAUCUCUACUAAAUAUGAUAAAAACUGGUACGCUAAGAAAUAUAAGACAACUGUAUGUAGAAUUCCAUGGAUCUACUGCAUCAUUACAAUAUCUUCAAACAUUAAGAGGCAUAUAUAAUGAAGGAUAUAGAAUUUAUUGGUAUCACAGAAAUCCCGCAAAGAUCAAUAUACAGAAAGGAAAAUUUGUAGAAAACAGUAGUUGUUAUGAAAUAUAUUUUCUUAAAAUAUGA